GAUUGACUGGAUUGAAAUGACCAUGUCCGAGGAGAAUAUUUCGGGGUGUCGGGGGAAAGAGGAAGAGAGCGAGGAUGAGAGUGAAAUCUUGGAAGAAAGCCCUUGCGGUCGCUGGCAGAAGAGAAAGGAGCAGGUGAGUCAGGGGAAUGUUCCGGGCAUCGAGACUGCCUCACUGGCCAUGGACACAGAGGAGGGGGUGGAGGUGGUGUGGAACGAAGUGCAGUUCUCCGAUAAGAAGGUCUUCAAAUCUCACGAGGAUCGAAUGAGGGAGAUGUUUGAGAGCCUGAUGCAUGUAGAUCACCCCAACAUUGUCAAGUUCCAUAAGUACUGGCUGGACACCAGGGAGAGUCGGGCGAGGGUGAUCUUCAUCACAGAGUACAUGUCAUCAGGCAGUCUCAAGCAGUUCUUAAAGAAAACAAAGAAAAACCACAAGACCAUGAAUGUCAAGGCAUGGAAGCGAUGGUGCACUCAGAUUCUGUCAGCUCUGAGUUAUCUGCAUUCCUGCCACCCGCCCAUAGUCCAUGGCAACUUGACGUGUGACACCAUCUUUAUCCAGCACAACGGACUCAUCAAGAUCGGCUCGGUGUGGCAUAGGCUGUUUGUCAAUGUUUUCCCAGAGGCGAUCUACGGAAAUGUGCAGCAUCAUCGGGAUGAUGAAACGAACCAGCACUAUUUUGCUCCUGAAUACGGCUUGGCUGAGGAUGUUUGCUCUAUUGACAUCUUCGCCUUUGGCAUAUGUACCCUGGAGAUGGCAGUAUUGGAGAUCCAGGCCAACGGGGACACUGUGGUAUCCAAAGAGGCUAUAACCAACGCUGCCCAGUCUUUAGAUGAUCCGCUCAUAAAGGAGUUCACCCAGUCGUGUGUACGCAUGGACGCCAAAAAGAGACCCACGGCACAUGACCUGCUGUUUCACAGGGUUCUGUUUGAGGUGCACUCUCUUAAGCUGCUGGCUGCCCACUGCUUUAUCAACUAUCAGUAUCAGCUUCAUGAUAACUGCCUUGAAGAGAAGACCAGGACUUUCGACCCCAAUGGUGUGAUGGCUGAGAUCAAGCAUGGGGACCGGCCCGGGGUGGAGAUCAAGUACUCGAAUGUUUCGCCGCUAGAACUGGACAAAUUUCUGGAGGAUGUAAAGAAUGGGAUCUAUCCCUUGAUGAACUUCCAGCGGGGUCUCACCAUGCCCCGGACCUUGUCCAUCUUCCAGGAGCGCAUGGAGACAGUGAAGACUCCCAGCCCAGAGCCCCAGGAGAUGGAGACCAGAAAGGUUGUCCAAAUGCAUUGUAACUUGGAGUUCACUGAGGAAGGCACCAGAAGUCAUCUCUCUCUCCUCCUGAAGAUGGACGACAAGCUCCAACGGCAGCUAAACUGUGACGUUCUGCCGACUGACAGCUCCAAAGACCUGGCUAGUGAGCUGGUUCACUUCGCCUUCAUCAGUGAGGAGGACUGUGACAAGCUGGCGGGCUUUCUGGAAGACGCCCUGUGUAAGCAUUGGGCCGGGCCGCCAUUGGAGGAGUCUUCCCUGGCAUAGUGACGAUGUACCGACGCAUGCUGCUGCCCCAAGGGGGAUCUGGACCCUGGGAAAACUACAACAAGGGAGGGAAAGAAAGAGAAUUUAAAGAAAGGGACA